AGUGUCUCUCUCUCUCUCUCCUUGAGGGCUACUUGUCCACUCAAUAGAUGGCGUAUUAGCUCCCCGACUCCCGCCCGUGUUCUGCGUCGGGAAAGCGGCUGUGGCUGUUGUCUGUCUGUGCCAUGAGUGAGGUUCGGUGGUGAAAAAAAGCGGUAUGAUGGAGAUACUGUUUAUGGUGAAAAGUUCGUCACUGUAUAUUUCCGUUCGAGAAUGAAGUGAAAUCUAUUUUUCUCGAAAUGUUCAUCGGGUGACAAGCGAAUGGAUUUACAGAGAGUGCAUUUCGUGUGAUAUAUUCAGAAAUAAAGGAAUGCAAUUUCAACAAGCUAGAAAAAAAUAUAUAUUACGACAAUAUAACUCAGAUAAAGUGAAUGACAAACUGAAACUUCUGACUAAUGAUACAAACCCAUAUAUCAUAAAUACCUGAAAAAUAUUAAUCUGCCAUUUUUCCUCGGACAUUUUCUCAAACCAAGAAAUUAAUGAGAACACAAGAAUCAAAACAGAAUAACGCCACGAAGAAGGAAUCCCCGUUGCAGAGAUUGCAGAAUCAUCGUGUUCUUCUGAGAGGAAAUUUAUUACGAGCUUCGAGAUAAGCAGCUGACUCUGAAAUAAAGAUCUUAUCGGGUUCGACGUUUUAUUCGCUGAGAUGGAGACCAAAGAGAGGGGGUACUCGAUGGGGUCGACCGCCAGCCAAGGUCAGACUCCGAGCCUCGUCAGCGCCCCCUCCAGGAGGAUGUCGGCGUCGUCCUCCGUCACGUCGAAGUCGAGGAAGAUCUCCAGAAUUGAGAUGGUGAACAUGCCAGGGGGGGCGAUGGUGCUGGAGGUGGACGAGCGGGACGACGACGCCGUGUCCAUCCUGAGCCGACGGGACAGCCUCUCCGGAGCUCGCACGGUCGGGGGCGUCGCUCCCUUGCCCGACACCGCCUACUUCGAUAAGAAAAUCAAGAUCGAGAUGGCUCACCACAGUCCGGCCGUCGGGAGCAAGCCAGGGGAAGAUUCCGGCGACGAAGGCGAAGGAGACACGCCCUUGGACGCCGUGAACGAGGAGAGCAAGAAGGACAAAGACCCCCUCCUGACCUACGGCCUCUCCAACGUCCUCAACCACCUGUGUCUCGCGCUGGCCUCUCCCGCCUUCUUCAGGUUGCCAGCGCUCGCCUACAAGUGGGGCAGCUCCGAUGGCUCUGGCUUCCUCUUGGCGUACUGCAUCACGCUCCUUGUGGUGGCUCUUCCGACCAGCGUCCUCGAGCUCACGAUGGCCCAGUUCUCGUCCCUGGGCACCGUGACCAUCUUCAGGUGUCUUCCCGUCCUCACUGGUGUGGGCAUUGGCAUGGUGGCAGCCUGCAGCGUCCUCAUGGUUUACACAAGCACCGUCUUCACCUGGAGUACCCUCUACCUCUUUGACUGCAUGCACAAGAAGCUGCCCUGGGAAAACUGCCCGAAUGGAACGAAAUAUUGCAUGGAACCUCAGAAGACCUUCCUAAACGCCUCGAAUGCCACAGACGUGACAAAGUACUUUCCGAGUGAUUUCUACUUUCUAGAUAACGUGGCGCAGGUGUUCGAGCCCCGAGACGCCCUCUCCCCGAACUUAUCUCUGGCUCUCAUCCAGCUGUUCCUGUGGCUCGCCCUCGUGUUCCUCGUGUCGCGGCGGAACGUGUGGCAGAGCGGGAUAUUCAGCAAGGCGAUGGCCCUCCUGACCCUGGCCAUGCUGGUGGCCAUGGUGGCGGUGGGUCUGACCUUUAGGGAGAGCGGAGCGGGUCUCUAUGCCGUCUUUAAGGUGCGGCCGAGCAAUCUGGCGAAACCGGACAUUUGGGUGGAUGCUUUGGGGCAGGCACUGUGGACACUAGGCCCUACUCUUGGCAUCCUCAUCUCCAGAGCCAGCUAUAAACGCUUCAGGGAGAGGAUCCGCCUGGACGCCUACACAGCCGUGGGAGCCAACAUUUUCGUGGCACUGCUCCUGCACUUGGCCCUCUUCCCUUUCCUCAACCAUCUGACGUCCGAUAAAAGCCCUGGUUACUUCUUCGUCAUUUCGUCCUACGCCGUCGCCCGAAUGCAAGAACAGCAACUGGCCGGCGUGGUGCUGUACCUGUGCGUGUGCAAGGCUCUCCUCGACCACACGAACUCGCUCGCCGCCACCGUACUGGUCAGCAUCAACGACCUCCUGCCCAUUAAGUGGCGAAGUGGUGGGCGGCGGUUCACGUGCGAGUGCCUCGUGUGCCUGGGCGGGCUGUUGGCUAGUUUGUUCUUCGUGUCUCGGGGUGGUUUCUACUUACUGAAUGCAAUGGACGCGUACAUACCCUGGAUGUACGGCUUGGUGCUAGGAUUGCUAGAAGUAUCCGGCCUCGUCUAUCUUUACGGGACGAAGAACAUCACCAAACACUUCCAUGUGAUGAUACGAAAGAAGACGCUGGUGUUUCCUGUCCUUUGGAAGUUCAUCCUGUCGCCCGUUCUCCUGGCACUGCUGAUCUGGGUGUGCGUCGUGGGCCUCGAGGGACCCGAGUGGUGGGACCAUCCGCACCUAACUGAAUCGGACGAGAAGGUUUACUCCAACAUAGGCCUAGCUCUCGCCCUGCUCCCCGUCUUCCUCUGUCCCGCCGCUACGCUGGUGGUUCUUUACACCAACAGAAAGUCACCCAAAGAGCUCCUAGAGCCUCGACCUACAUGGGGACCUGCCCUCGCCAAACACAGAGCCUUCUACACACCGGGUAUUCUCAAGGUCCAUACCCGAAGGCCUCUGUUGGUGGUAAAGGUGGAUUAUGAAAACAUUGAAGACCUCCCACCAAAGGGAUGGAUUCCCUAUGGGUACUUCAAGGUGCCUUCGGUGUCCAUGCCGCAGUAUUUGAUGGAUAACUUGUCUUCGGUUGGCACGACGACCAAGAAAGAAAUUGCCAGAUACUUGAAGGCAGUGUUCAGCAACAACCUUGACUCCAAUGAUUGGGUAAAUGAUGAUCUUGGCGAAGACAACCCAAUUGUAACUAUUGCUACAGAAAAUAGUAGUGAUGUUGAUGUGUUCUCCGGAGAUAUCCUCAAUGUGGAUGGUCCAAGGCCUAGAACGUCAGCAAGUAUGUCUUCCGGGGUUUUAUUACAGCCUGCCACCCUUUAUAGGAGUGAUGCUAAAUUGCAUAAUCAAUUACCUGUCCGUAAUGGCCUUUUCAAUCCAGUCCUUACAAGAAAUGAUGUAGAUAUUGAGAAUAAAUGAAACAGAAAAGUAA